UUUUCUGCCCGUCUUUAAAGUGACAUUCGAUUGAAUAAUCUCUCUCCCAUGUAUAAAUAUCACCACCAACAUCUACGUACAUCCUCAUUCCAUUCUUGUUUUUCUUGUAACCCCUUUUACUAUUUUGGGAUCCCAAAAAUGGAGAGUUUAGAUGCCAAAAAUAUGCAAAGCCCACCACUGAAACCUUACAAAUGUUUGUUGAAGACCCAAAUUUUCCUGAGAAUUUUGGCAACUGCAUUCACAUUGGCGUCCACUUGGAUUAUUCUCACCAGCAAGCAGACUGUUACUGUAUUUGGACUUGAGAUGGAUGCUCGAUAUAGCUACUCUCCAAUUUUCAAGUUCUUUGCUUUUGCAAAUAUCAUUGGAUGUGCCUUCUCUGUUUUGUCCCUGUUUCUUGCCUCUGUUUUAAGCCAUAAGUGUCUCGACCCAAAGAACUACUUUUGCAUGUUUCUUCAUGAUUUGAUUGUGAUGGCACUGCUGCUAGCUGGAUGCGCAGCAGCCACUGCAAUUGGAUAUGUGGGGAAAUAUGGAGAGAGCCAUUCGGGAUGGAUGCCCAUUUGUGAUCAUGUCUCAAAGUUCUGUCACAAGGUUACAGAUAGUGUCAUGCUCUCCUAUUUUGCUGUGCUUUUCUACCUCUGCCUCGCUGUAAUCUCCGCAAAUCAAUCUAGAGAGAUCCAAGUUUAACACACUUCAGAAAUAUCUUAAUUAGCAGUGAUGAAGUCCAAGAAAGUUCUUUUAGCUGCAACAAAGCAGAAGUAGAAACCAAAAACUGAGCAACUAAUGGUCUAUUCUUCACUAUUUUGAAUUGAUCCAAGGCAAUUUAAGGGAUAUAUACCUGAGUCCUGAGAGCAGACGAUUAAAUGAAGCUGGAGAUAAUUGUUGAUCUCAAGGAUUAUGCUCAAUUUCAAAGGCCAGUUGCGCGUUGUGUGAUCUUAGCAAUUGUCCACUGUUCUGAAUUGAUGCAACUGAGCAAUUGCUCUUUCGUAUUUUGAGUUCAGCC